AUGACAUUUCAGUCAGGGCUCUGGCUUCAUGCAUUGCCAUCCCCCAACAUAGGCACCCUCCUAGAAAAAACGACCCUCACACUCGCUACCAGUCUGCGAUUGGGGGUCAAAACCAAUGAGCCCCACCGCUGCCGCUGUGGCUCCAAUGUUGACGAGCUGGGCCACCACGGCUUAUCCUGCCAGAGAAGCGCGGGCCGCAUCUCUCGCCAUGCCUCCCUGAAUGAUGUCAUCCGGAGGGCGCUUGCUUCCGUUAGCGUGCCGGCCAUACUUGAGCCGAACGGUAUCGCACGUGACGACGGCAAGCGGCCCGACGGAAUGACACUUAUUCCGUGGAGGCUGGGGAGGACGCUUGUGUGGGACGCCACCUGCGUUGACACGCUGGCGCCGUCCCACCUACAGGCGACCUCCGUCAGGGCGGGAGCUGCGGCUACAACCGCAGAACAGAACAAGCGGCGCAAAUAUGCUGUCCUCGGUAUGACAGAUCCGGCGGCUAUCGAACUAGUGUCCAAGAGUUGUCUGGAUAAGGACGAGUUCACUCUGAAGUUCACCAGGACGGCAAUAGGCAACGGCUCCAUAUUUGCACCAGUAAAAAUUUGGCACCCUCGCCGAAAAAUCAACUCUCCAUUCUACAGUUUGAAAAACUUGAACAAAAUAGUACCCCAGUUUGACACACAGAGCGCCAUCAUGGUGGACCUCAUGAGGGCUGAGGUCGGACGAGGGGAUUUCUCCAUCUGGGGUUACAUCACUACCUACACAAGUGAUUCUGUUGGUGAGUCUGCAAUAGGCACUAAACUAAAUUCGCAAGGGAACCCAGACCACUAUUUGCUGCAAGCACUAGACGCGGGUAUGCACAUGGUGGCGAAGAGGAUUUUACAGCCAUGGCUGCAUCCAAACAUUGUGUAUAAAAGCUUGCCCGUCUACAAAGAGUUUCAAAAGCAUUUAGAAGGCGCCAAUGCAUUUUUAGAUGAGACUAUAAAAAACAAACGAACGGAAAUGAAAGAGAACAAAAACACCAAAAAAACGGACUGGUCGAUUUUUCUCGACGUAAUAAUCGAAUCUUCUGGAGGAAUUAAUAAUGGCUAUUCCGACAUGGAGCUGCGCGAAGAAAUAAUGGUGAUGAUGGUAGCCGGGAGCGACACGUCAGCGACAGGAGCCUGCUUCACCGCUGUGCUGCUGUCGCGGUAUCCUGAGGUGCAGGACAGAGUGCACCAGGAAUUGCUCGAGGUUUUCGGCGAGUCGGACCGAGCGGUCACAGCAGAAGAUCUGCCGCGACUGAAAUACCUGGAAGCCGUAUUCAAGGAGAGUCUGCGGCUCUACCCACCCGUGCCGAUAGUGGCGCGGGAGGUGCGCAGCGAUCUAGUUUUACCUUCAGGCGCAACGUUGGUGGACGGCUCAUCCGUCAUGAUCAACAUCUGGGGCGCGCACCGCAACCCCGCGUACUGGGGACACGACGCGGAGGAAUUCCGCCCCGAGCGGUUCCUCAAUGGCGCGCUGCGACACCCCGCGCAGUUCGUGCCGUUCAGCUACUCUGUCAGAAACUGUAUAGCAUCGGGUGCAACGUUGGUGGACGGCACAUCCGUUGAGAUCAACAUCUGGGGCGCGCACCGCAACCCCGCGUACUGGGGAGCCGACGCGGAGCAGUUCCGCCCCGAGCGGUUCCUCGACGGUGCGCUGCGACAUACCGCGCAGUUCGUGCCGUUCAGUUACUCUGUUGGAAACUGUAUAGGUCAAACGUACGCCAUGCUGUCAGCUAAAACAGUCUUAGCUAACCUGCUCCGGCGCUACCGCCUGCUGCCGCCGGCCAGCGCGCGCGCAGCAGACUUACAGCGCCCUCUACCUGUCAAAUUCGACAUUAUGAUGAAGGCUGCCGACGGCUUUGUUGUCAGACUAGAGGAGAGAAAAACUUGA